GCUUCUCUUUCAAUCUCAUUCUGAGCCACGAAUACUUGCAUCUCUCACAUCUCUCUGUUCUUUGCCGCUGAACACCGGUUGGCUCUGCCCGCCAGUGCGCUCCGCCGCCGGUCUUCCCCUCGCGGCCGCGCGUCCUGGCGCCGUUCCGCUCGCCGGCCCCGUGCGGCCGCGCCGUGCCGCCCCGUCAGCCCCGCGGCCGGUGCCGCCACCAGCGUGACGCGCACGAGAGAGAAGGCCGACGAGAGGUACGAGUGGUGGCAUUUUUUGCUGUAAUUUCGGUGAACUUGAGCAGCAGUGGCAUAUGUCUUGGCUGCGGAAAUAGGUGAAGCCGGGACGAGCCACUUUUUUUGGCUCACGGUGCGCAGUUCAUUUUUUCAGUCGGCUUAUGCUGGCUUAAUUUUGUGCUGAAGCCGGUUUGAUUUGAUUUGUUUGGGGCUUGGGCAUGAGCCGGUGCAUAUUCUUCUUCUUGCUCGCGACAAAGCCUCGGCCAUGGCGAUGAACUUCAUCUUGCCCACCACACUCCCCACAGCCUCUGCCUCCCUCCCCUCCCCCCUCAAGCCCAACCGCUUCCGAAUUCCACCCAAACCCCCACGCUUCUCCAGAGUCCCCUACUAUAUCUCCCCCUCCCUCAAGACCCCGACUGUCGGCGUCCUCUCGUCCGUAGACUCAACCUCGAGGACCCUCCUAUUCCUGCUCGCCGCAGGCCUCCUCUCCCUAUCCGGCGUCCGCCCGCUCCCCGCCCUCGCCUCCGCUCCCCCGCCAACUCUGCAGCCACAGCAAAUCGAGGGGCAAGACGACGAAGACGAGCAGCAAGAAUCCGAAGAAAGGAACCAGGAGGUUGAGAAAGCAGAGGUAAAAGAGAAAGAGGAGCAGCACGAGGAUGAGGACGACGAUGAGAUGCGUAUGUAUUCGGCGAUUCUGAGCCGCAACCCCGGCGAUGUGGACGCGCUCAAGUGCGCGCUGUACGCCAAGAUGAGGCGCGCGGACUGGGGCGGCGCGCUCCGGUACGCACGGCGGCUGCGUGACGCCGAGCCCGGCGUGGUGGAGUGGCGGCUGAUGGUGGCGCAGCUGCACGAGCUCAGUGGGGACCUCGCCGAGGCCGAGCGUCAGUUCAGGGAGGUCCUAGCAGAGGAGCCCCUUCUCGUCCGUGCUCUCCAUGGUCAGUUAGACGUUGCAUCUGAGAAACUACAAAAUCUUAUAGACGAGGAUCCUCGAGAUUUUCGGCCUCACCUUUGCCAGGGCAUUGUGUAUGCACUUUUAGACAGGAAAGAAGACGCAGAUAAGCAAUUUGAUAUAUACAGAAGCCUUGUGCCAGAUGAAUUCCCAGAUAAGAGUUUUAUUAGUGAUGUUAUACUAGCAGCUAAAAUGGAGUCAGAUGAUCGGAUACAAAAGGAAUUGGAUCAAAAUUUCUAUCAAAGAAAUGAUCCAUUAGAAUUUUCAUAGCUGAAUGGAUCAUUUUUUUUAGAUGAAAUUAGGAUUGUUGCAGAUGAAAUAUAAUAAAGGGAAGUGAGUGAGAGGUGCUUCUCCCAGCACUAUUUUUCUUUGCUCCUUCUCCGCCCCUGCUGUCACUUUGCAUUAGAAUAUGAUGAUGAGAGGUGAAGUAUUUAUGUCCACAGAAAAAAUCUGCUUGAAAGUUCAUACUGAAAGAAGUGUACAUUGUGAGCUCACUGAGUUGUGAAAUGAUAUACAGGUGUACAUACUGAAAGAAGUUGUAAAUUCUGUAUCACAGUGAAGUAUUACCUCC